UGACGUUACAGCAACAGGUGAUGGGCGUGGUCUGAAUGGAUACAUUAUUGAUGGACUUCCCCUUAAACCAAUCGUUUGCUAGAACAUGAACAGGGUUUUCCACAAAUUGCACUGCAGUAUUAUUCUAUGGGAAUGAAACCGUCUAGUAAAAUAAUAGGACGCUGCUGACCGCGCGACAGUCAUCAGUAUUGUGAACAUUGGAUAACAUGUUACUGGACCUCGUGAACACAGUUCCGCAUAUUCAGAGUGAAUAGAUGUCACUUUUGUCUUCUAAUUGGAAUAUAAUCAGUGCCAAUCAUCGUUGGAGAAGUAGACCAACCCUUUUAUUCCACCUGUUGUUCCCCACAUGAGAAAAGAUGGGGAAUAGAUUAUCAGAACAACAGACCUUCCUCUCAAGAAUCCCCUUUUUUCAGUCAUUCCAUAUCGCCAUUUUGGGACUGGACUCUGCAGGUAAAACAACUGUCCUGUACAGGUUGCAGUUCAAUGAGUUUGUCAACACAGUGCCCACCAAAGGCUUCAACGCAGAAAAGGUCAAUGUGUCUUUGGGCGGCCACAGGACGGUGACCUUCCAUUUCUGGGACGUGGGUGGACAAGAGAAGUUGCGUCCAUUGUGGAAGUCAUACACACGCUGUACCGAUGGAAUUGUAUUCGUGGUGGACUCUGUAGAUGCCGAACGCAUGGAGGAGGCUAAAACGGAGCUCCAUAAGAUCGCCAAGACCGGAGACAACCAGGGAGUGCCACUGCUGGUGGUGGCUAACAAACAAGACUUGAGGCACUCUCUGAGCCUGGCGGAGAUUGAAAAGGCGCUAGCGUUGAAGGAACUGGGCCCUGGCACGCCUUGGCACCUGCAGCCCACCUGUGCCAUCAUAGGAGACGGACUGAAAGAUGGCAUGGAGAGACUCCAUGAUAUGAUCCUUAAACGGAGAAAGAUGCUCCGCCAACAGAAGAAAAAGAGAUGAUCAAGGAGUGAACUGAAUCUCUUGUUUUAAAUGAAGGACAAAAGGAGAUGUUCUCGCACCUGGGUGGAUAUAGGAAUUCUCCCAUAGGCUCGGCACACUGAGUUUUAUCAGUCAAUGUUAAACUAGGUUCUCGUGUCUCAGACAGCAGUCUCUUGCUUCAUCUUCAGUAUUUGUUGCUUUUUAGUGGUUGAGAAAGCACUGUGAAGGUAAACGAUUUGGUGUUUAUGAUUUUAUAUAGGAAUUUGUAAGUUGUCGUUACAAAGAAUGGUUUUGAUCCUUGGUAUUAGACCAUUAGUAAUGGCUACUUCAAAAUUGAACACCAAAAAUGACAAGUUUGACGAAGAACAGAAAAUAAGUCACUUUUCUCUACAAAGGUUAGUGGGAGGACAACAAACGUGGUCUUCCUCAAAGGGAACUUUUGAACCUUGUAAAGAAUGCCUAAGCUACUUUUAAAUGUUGUACCUUUUUGUAUAUUUUUUUAAACAUUUUUCUUUCCUUCUCAAAAGGAAGGUACAGUCUUGUGCUUUUUGUCUGUCUAGUGUACCUCUACUGUCUGUUUGUUAAUGCACUUUAGAUUACCUUUUUUGAUGAUGGCGUUUACAGCCUUGAGGUUUCCCAAUAGAGCUUAUUACACAAAGAGUUUAGUUGCUUCAAAAGAAGCAAACUGUACUGGGUCCCUAUUGGCCACAUGGACAAUAGAUGGGAUAUGUUUCAUGUUUUCAUCUAUAAUAAAAACCUCUUUGCCGCACUGCUUUUGUUUUGUAUGAAGGAUAUUUCUAUUUUGAUUAUUUGUCAUCAUAUUUUCAGAGAAGUUCUGCAGAUCUGAUAAACCUGAUGAGAUGUGUAAAAUGUAUGUCCUCUGAUUCUCAUAUUUGAAAGAAACUGAAGUAAAUCAAAAAUUAAUCUUGGUUGCUCAUGCUCACACUUUGUACUGAUGGAUAAUGAAUCUCCUCCCUUUUUUUUCUCUUUCUGAAAGUAAACAAGACGGAUAUGACUGAGGUGAUGGUGGUUGAGUGUUUACUUGCAGUGUGAUUAUAGGGCCUGGAGUUCUUUUUAUGUUUUCUGGAGCCGAGAGGCUCAGCAAUGCAGUCAGGGCAGUCUACUCUGCAUGCCAAGCCAGAUGCCAUACCCUGUACAACAGGCUGGGGCAGGAGGAGACUGGAGGCUUGGGAGGCAGAGCAUUUUUGUGAUGGGGAGAGGCUGUUGUCACAUAGCUCAGUGAAGUGAUGCCUUUUGCUCACCCAUCCCUUUAGAACAAUUGUAACCUUGUACUGUAGAGCAACAGGGGGAGGGAGCAGCAGUUGACCUACUAAAUAUAGUACUACAUUUGCA